AUGAAUGAUCCCCUCCGGAUGCAAAUCCAAUAUUAUCAGCCUGGAUACUUCAUCAUUGGUGGGAUUACUUCUCAGAUCAUCUCCCUUUCAGACAGUGUAUCUUUCCAGGAACAUCCCAACAGAAACCUUGAUCUUGAUUCAUUUAUAAUCCUAAAGAAUUAUCAGCAUGUCCUGUCCUUUGCAUUUGCUGUGAAGGAGAUCAACGAAAACCCCAAGAUUUUGCCCAACUUCACUUUGGGGUUACAUAUCUAUGACAGCCACUUUGAUGCAAAGAUAAUUUAUGAACACACCUUGAAUCUUCUGUUUAGUCAGAAUAGAACUGUUCUCAACUACAUCUGCAAUUUCUGGAAUAAUCCAGUAGCCAUCAUUGGGGGACUUGAUUCUGAAGUCUCUUUCCACGUUGCCAGUAUCUUGGGUGUUUACAAAAUACCACAGGUCACCUGUUGCGUAUAUGCACCAGUGGUGAAUGAUAGAAUUCAGCGCUCCACAUUAUACUGCAUGGUCCCUGAUGAAGAGCAUCAGUACACAGGAAUUGUCAAGUUGCUUCUUCAUUUUCAAUGGAAGUGGGUUGGGAUCAUUGUCAAGGGUGAUGAUAAAGGAGAAACAUUUGUGCAGACUUUGGAACUCAUGUUUUCCCAGAAUGGCAUCUGUACAGCUUUCAUCAAAAGAAUGCCAAUGCAGAGUGACAUGCACAACAUGCUUAUUUUGUUUGACACCUUUUUGACUGUAGCGAGUUUCCUAGCCAAUGCAAGUGUCAAUGUAUGUGUCAUAAAUGCUGAAACUCAUAUGAUGUUGAGUUUUCAAACACUGCUGAAUGUGGCCGAAUCAAAUGGUGCAAUGCCUAUAAACAUGGUGUGGGUUAUGACAGUUCACUGGGAUUUUUCAUUGGAGCCAUAUUUUACAGCUAUGAACAUACAAACCUUCCAUGGUGCCUUAUCCUUUGCGAUUCAUUCCAGUGAUGUACAAGGGUUCACAAAUUUCCUUCAGAUUCUAAAUCCCUACUCUGAUGGUGAUGGCUUUAUCAGGGUCUUCUGGGAACAGGCAUUCAAGUGUGUAUUUCCAGAUGCUAAUAUGAGUAAAGAGACCAAGGAAAUAUGUACCGGGAAGGAGAAGCUGGAGAGUCUCCCUGCACCUUUUUUUGAAAUGAGCAUGAUAAGCCAAAGCUACAGCAUCUAUAGUGCUGUCUAUGCUGUGGCAUAUGCAUUACAUGCCAUGUACUUACUCAAAAGUAAACAUGGAGCAAUGAUAAGAGGAAACCGUCUGAAGCCAUUUAAGCCUCAAAACUUUCAGCUUCAUCCUUUUCUGAAGAGCAUCUCAUUUAACCAAAGUGCUGGCAACAAGCUUCUUAAUGAAAAGGGUCAACUGAUAACUGCAUUUGACAUUAUCAAUUGGGUCACAUUCCCAAACAAAUCAUUCUUAAGAGUUAAAGUUGGGGAAAUGGAUGCCCAAGUACCACCAGGUCAACAGUUCUCCAUUAAUGAGACAAUCAUUACAUGGCCGAGAAAAUUUAACCAGGUUGUGCCCCUUGCCUUGUGUAAUGACCACUGCUACCCAGGUUACAGCAAACGAAAGAAGGAGGGGCAGCCAUUUUGUUGUUUUGACUGUGUUCCGUGUCCAGAAGGGAAGAUUUCAAGCCAACAUGGUAUGGAUGACUGCUUCAAAUGCCCAGAUGAUCAGUAUCCUAACAAGGAGAGAAAUCAAUGCCUUCCCAAGCAUAUCACCUUCCUGUCUUAUGAUGAAUCUUUGGGUAUCAGCUUGGCUCUUUUGGCUCUGGCUCCUUCUGCAACCACAGCUUUGGUGCUUGGAAUCUUCAUUAAACACCGGAAUACUCCUAUUGUCAAAGCCAAUAACCGGAACCUCACCUACACUCUACUCAUCUCCCUCCUGCUCUGUUUCCUCUGCUCCUUACUAUUCAUUGGUCACCCCCAGUUACUGACCUGCCAUUUGCGACAAACUGCUUUUGGCGUCAUAUUCUCAGUGGUGGUUUCUUCUGUAUUGGCAAAAACCUUUACUGUGGUUCUGGCUUUCAUGGCCACAAAGCCAGGGUCAAAGAUGAGGAAAUGGGUAGGGAAAACAUUUUCAACCUCUGUUAUUCUCUCCUGCUCAUCUAUCCAAGCCGGUAUUUGCCUAGUAUGGCUUUGUACUGAUCCUCCGUUCCCAGAUUUGGACAUGCACUCUUUGGCUGAAGAAAUUAUAGUAGAAUGCAAUGAAGGUUCAUCCAAUAUGUUCUGCUAUCUUUUGGGUUACAUGGGAUUUCUGGCUUUCAUCUGCUUUAUUGUGGCCUUCUUUGCUCGGAAGCUGCCAGACACUUUUAAUGAAGCCAAAUUCAUCACUUUCAGCAUGUUGGUGUUUUGCAGUGUGUGGCUGUCUUUUGUUCCAGCUUAUCUGAGCACCAAAGGGAAGUACAUGGUGGCUGUGGAGAUCUUCUCCAUCUUGGCCUCCAGUGCUGGAAUACUGGGUUUUAUCUUCUGUCCCAAAUGUUAUAUAAUUAUCUUGAGGCCUGAACUGAACAGUAAAAAGCACCUAAAAUUGAAAACUAAUUAA